GCUUCCGGCGGCGGAUUGUUGACGCCCGCCGCUGCCGUGGUGGCUCCCGAGCGGUUGCGGAGGGGCUGCCGAGGGAGGGCGACGGCGCAGUGACAGGCAGCGCGGAGGGUGCCUCCGAGGCGACGAUGGCAGAGGGGCCCGAGGAAGCCCGGAGCCGCCCUCCCGGACAGGACGGCGGCGGCGGCGGGGACCACGAGCCAGUCCCUUCCGGGCCUGGCUCUCCCUCCGCGGCCGCCCCCCGGCCCCCGGCCCUGGCGCCCGUCGCCCCGGCCGCCUCGGAGCCGGAGCCGCCGCCGCCGCCGCCGCCGCCAGAGCUCCGGAAGCGCCGGGAGGGGACCGCGGGGCCGCAGGAGCCGGGGGGCUGCGAGGCGUCGGACGGGCCGGGGCGUCUGAGCGCGCGCGAAUACUCGCGGCAGGUGCACGAAUGGCUCUGGCAGUCCUACUGCGGCUACCUCACCUGGCACAGCGGCCUGGCCGCCCUCCCCGCCUACUGCGGCCCCGCGCCCGCCGCCCCGCAGCCCGCAGCCCCGCCGCCGCCCCCGCCCCCCCCCCCGCCGCCGCCGCCGCAGCUCGCCUACUACAAUCCCUUCUACUUCCUGAGCGCCGCGGGGCCCGGGCCCGGGCCGGGGCCGGGGCCGGGGGCGGCCCCUGGCGGCGCCACCCCGACCGCCGUCGCGGGCCUGACACCCCGGGCCCCGCACGUGCAGGCAUCCGGCCGGGCGGCCCCCGUGACCAGGGUAGUAGGCUCUGCGGCCCCUGCACGGACGGCGAGCGACGCCGGGCGGCAGGCGGGCAGAGAGUAUGUCAUUCCAUCCUUGGCGCACAGAUUUAUGGCAGAGAUGGUGGAUUUCUUUAUUCUCUUCUUUAUAAAAGCAACCAUUGUCUUGAGCAUCAUGCAUCUCAGUGGGAUAAAGGACAUCUCUAAGUUUGCCAUGCACUACAUAAUAGAAGAAAUCGAUGAAGACACAUCCAUGGAAGACUUGCAGAAAAUGAUGAUUGUGGCACUUAUAUACAGGUUGUUAGUUUGUUUCUAUGAGAUAAUUUGCAUUUGGGGAGCGGGGGGAGCUACACCAGGAAAGUUCCUGCUAGGUCUUCGAGUUGUGACAUGUGAUACAUCGGUACUCAUUGCUCCAAGUCGGGUUUUAGUGAUUCCUUCCUCAAAUGUUAGCAUCACAACGUCCACCAUACGAGCUUUGAUCAAGAAUUUUUCCAUUGCUUCUUUUUUCCCUGCUUUCAUCACACUGCUGUUUUUUCAGCAUAAUCGAACAGCCUAUGACAUUGUAGCAGGAACCAUUGUGGUAAAAAGAAAUGGGGUCAGAUGAUGCCCCAGAGCCCUGAAUUCCACUUUUUGGAAUAAUGAUGACAAGACUAAAUUAUGUAUCAAGGCCAUCAGUAUCUCUAGGUUACAUUAAUUGAUGUUUUAAAAAUUAGAGCAGUCACUACAGUGUGAUGCAGGAGACUGUUCUGAAAAUGUUGACUGUACUUAAAUGUCAUGAACCUUUCCAGAAGGAAAACUUAUUAAAUUCAAGUGUUAAAUAUUUGUAGGACAACAAAGCAAAUGAUUUCAAUCAAUAUAGACAAAUAUAUACUUUAACAUUUAAGAUAAACAAAAUUUGCUGGAAGCAUUUUCAGCUUUAAAUUCUCCGUUUUAUUUUGGUUUAUCCUAGAGAAAUUGAAAAAUGUCCAGUUGUGUUUUAUAAACACCUACCUAACUCCCACAACUCUUCUUAGGGAAGUUGCUUUGUGUGGGCAUUGAGAAAGCAUCAAUUCAACAAACCACUGGCUGGCUCCAUGGCCAAGUGUUGGAGAAAAGGGCUAGUGAGGAAGGCCUAUCAGUUCCCUCACCUCAUGCUUCCAGGAUGUUCUAGAAUUCACUGCAGUAGUGGUGGAAUUCUGCAGCUUCUUACUACUUAUGUAUUUGGAGGCAAGAAUUUUCACGAUGAUGAAAAUGUAUUGAGUCAUAUCAUUGAUACUUUAAAAAAAAAAGGUAAGUUAGUGAUUGCCUACUGUGGGGGUAGGGUGGGGAUGGGAAUGUGAACUUUCAAUGUAAAUUCAGCUUAGAAUUCAUGUGCCCUAAAAAUCAACUAUAAAUAUGUGGGGGAAACAUCCAUCAAACAUUCCCAGUGUGUGCUCUCCAGUGUUAUGAAUGAAUGUACCUGUAGAUUCUAUUUCUGUACAAGCAAACUCCUAAGGCACUAUAUUCUAUACAGUUCCAUGACUGUCAAAACAUCAAGGUAUUAAGUCUUUAGUAUUUUGUGAAUAACUCUAAAUACUAGUAGCCUGUGAAAUAUUAGCAAUUUCCCCAUAAUGAAUUGUUCUAAAGCAAACUUUUGUGUAUGGUCAUUGUACUUUGCUCCAUUGGUGCAACAUUAUCGGGUUUAUGUCUGUGUGCUUUUGCUGUGUCCCAGUUAGCUAGCUGUACUGAAAUGUACCCACACUGUUUAUAGUUUAAACUUUAUUUCUUACUCAUUGUAUAUGAUUUUCCCAAGAAACACUAAAUUGUAUUGUAUAAGAGAUCAAUCUUUGUUCCUGGGUUUUAAAUAGCAAGAAUAAUCCAUGUGUUAUUACUGCAUCCAUUUUCAGUGGACUUUUGACAUUUAAAACUGUGAAAAUGCAUUUAAUGUCUACAGACACUUUAAGAAUCUAAUAGCUUAUUGUAAGUUCAUAAACCAUCGUUUUUCAAAAUAAUUUUAUUUAAAUUAAAUCCAACUUCACAGAAACCCUAUUACUUGUCAAGAGCAGUAUGUAGAGCACUUGCUUAUGGCUCUGGCAAGAUUUUAUGGCUCUUUAAACUCUUACACUACAAAUCAAGAAGUUGGUAUGGACACUACUUUUGCCCCUGGUAAGGGAAUUCAAGUUGAAAUGUGCUUCACCCAUGCAGCUCUGGAGUGCUUGAUUAUUGUUUCUACCCCAAAGGUUAUUAUUGUACUUUUCACUGAAGAUAUUUUUAUUUAUACAGUAAAAUAAACUAGUCCAAUUUGUUAUAGUUUAGAUAUUGCAAUUUGCUAUGGACAAGUCAUUAAGAUCCAGCUGUGGAUUCAAGUUGUGCCAUACAGACUGUAAGAUAAAAGUAUUGCUUUGCCUCUACAAUAAAACCUCAAUCUGUUAUAAGUUCAGCAUUUAGGGAAAGAAAUAUCAAGAGUUGAAAUAAGCCAGGCAGUGGUGGUGCACGCCUUUAAUCCCAGCACUUGGGAGGCAGAGGCAGGUGGAUCUCGGUGAGUUCGAGGCCAGUCUGGUCAACAAAGUAAGUUCCAGGACUGCCAAGGCAACACAGAGAAACCCUGUCUCAAAAAAAAACCAACAGUUGAAAUAAAAAAAGAGAACCUGGCACAUUUUUUCCUCAUAGGGUUGUAAAAUGGAGCUUCCUUCACAGAACAUGAGUAUAUUUAACUACAGAAAUACUGAUUUCCUGUGUCUCGUGCUGAAGCUGUACCCUAAAAGGGCAAAAAUGAAGUCAGAAAUGAAGAUGUUCUUAAAUGAGUGUGUGUACCUUGAGCUGGACUGGAGUUUCGUUGCUGCAUUCAGUCCAAACAACUGGGAAGAGAUUUAGGCAGUGAGAAAGUCUUGGUACCCAUCACUGAAAGUGUUCUAGAGUGGCUAGAUCUUGUGAGUAGGAUAGUCUACCUUCUAGGUAGGUUACAGUGCAAUGACAGGCCUUACUUUACUGAGCAUUCUCUGUGACCAUAAAUAUAUGCCACUUGACAGUAUUCUAAAGCAUAGCCCAACUCCUUCCCUAGCACUGGCUAAUUCUCCCUACAAAGCAUUCACCUUCUGAUCUCCAAGAAGACAUCCUAGUUGAGGGCCACUUUGUGCACACCUCAAAAAUGGAUCUUCAAAGGAUCUGAAAAGUUUUAACUUUAAAAGAACUCGUUCACGCCGGGCGGUGGUGGCGCACGCCUUUAAUCCCAGCACUCGGGAGGCAGAGCCAGGUGGAUCUCUGUGAGUUCAAGGCCAGCCUGGGCUACCAAGUGAGUUCCAGGAAAGGCGCAAAACUACACAGAGAAACCCUGUCUCGAAAAACCAAAAAAAAAAAAAAAAAAAAAAAAAAAAAAAACGAACUCGUUCACAUCAGUGAUUUGAGUAUUUCACUUACACACUUGACUUUCUGACAAAGUGAAGGAGUUGAAAUUUUACAUUUGCUACUUGGAGGAUGAGGCAAUUAAAGUUUCUCAUUGUUUCUUUGAGGACAAUGCCUAAAUUAACAGUAUUGCUAAACUCUGACAAGUACUGUUUCAGCUCCUUGCAACUUUCCAUUCACAUAACCAAAGACCAAAGUUCUUACUCGUGCCUGGGUGAAGUUUCUCAUUUCAGCUCGUAUAUGCAGAUUUCCUUGUAGUUCACUAUAGUAGAGCUUGCCCUGCAAACAGUAUCUAAUGACCCACCUAUAAAUAAAACUCAACAUUCUAUUUUUAAUAUUUGUAUGUCACCAGUUUGUAUUUUGUCUCAAUAAAUGUCAACAGUGUUA